UUCUCCAAGAGGUUCAACAGGACAUAUACUCCGAAGUCCACAACGGACCAAAGAAAAUACCGUUAACAAACGCCAGCCUGUGUGUGGAUUUGACGAUGGGCGGCAUAAAUUUUACGCACGGAUCCGUGUGCACAAACGAGACGCACCGGGGAAUAGCUUUACCCAUCUUUAUGUUUGCUGGAGGUGCUAUUGGGAAUAUAGUUGCGAUAAUCGUUCUUUCAGUAUCAAGACAGGAGAGGAAAUCUUCAGCUUUCUACACUCUGGUGUGCGGUCUGGCAGUGACGGACCUGCUGGGCACAUGUCUGGCUAGCCCGUUCACCAUUGCCAACUACCUGGACCGGCAUGUGCUGACGAACGACCACCUCUGCGAGUUUGACUCCUUUUUGUUGCUGUUUUUUGGUGUAACCGGACUCAGCAUCAUAUGCGCCAUGGCUGCCGAGAGGUACCUGGCUAUAUGCUGCCCCUACACCUAUCAGCGGUGGGGGGUGGACCGACGCUUUGCUCAAAAGUUUCUUCUCGGCAUUUAUAUCAGUAACAUCCUCUUCUGCUGCCUCCCGAUGAUGGGCAUAUCCAAGAGCCAGCUGCAGCCGUCUUGCACCUGGUGCUUCAUCGACUGGAGUGCGCAGGAGCCAGUUGCCGCAACUUACUCUAUCCUGUACGGCGUGGUCAGCGUGCUGCUCAUCCUGGGAACCAUCGUGCUGAACUUGGCGGUGUGCGGCGCGCUGCUGCUGAUGCGCCAGAGGACCGUGCAGCGGCCAGUCACCAGAACCAGCGUCCGGGAGCGAUGGAGGGCAUUGUCCUCCGCCGCAGAGACCCAAAUGAUGACGGUGCUGAUGAUGACCUCCGCGGUGGUUCUGGCCUGCUCAGCCCCACUAGUGGUCCGAGUGUUUGCCAACCAGUUCAUGAAAAACUCUGAAGCUGACCUGGCUGCCAUCCGGAUAGCCUCCGUUAAUCCCAUCCUGGACCCCUGGAUCUACAUCCUCCUCAGGAGGUCACUGUUUCGCCGGUUGCUCAGUCUGUCGAGGCGAGGUAGCAGCACUCGCAGCAGUUCCCCCGUAUCAACACAAGCACAUCUGUUUUAUCCUGAAAUCAUGAAGGACAGCCAUGUGUUUACUCAGCUCAUGCGUAAUACCAACAUCCUCACUCAGCUGCCUGACACCGUCAAGUUCACACGGCAGGAUGCAGAGAGCCUCCAUCAGACUUAAAACACUGCAGACUGAAGAUGUUAAUGACAGCUGUGAGUGUUUGCUGCUUUGUUUCGCUGCAAGUAGCUUGAUGCAGGGCAACAGACUCUGUUAAAGAGCUGACAAUGUAUCUGGUCCUACAGUUGGACAGGACCCUUAAAAACUCCAAAGGGAUUAUUUAUUAAAUGAAAGUGGAGGGCUGCUCUGAUUGGAUCUAU